AUGUCCAACUUCGGGUUUGGCUCUCAAGGAUUGAGUCAGUCCAGCGAUUCCAAUUCCUUCUAUGCUGGGAAGAUCCUCGGCACGCCAAUAAGGGUUAACUAUUGGUUGGUGGCUCUGUUUGCCUACCAGGUGUUACAGGCCUUGGGAGGUGGCCAGCCAAGCAUGUAUGCGGUUCUCAUGGCAGUUGGUUUUCAAGCGAUAUUACAAGUGACUGUACUUUGUCACGAAUUCGGUCAUGGUACCAUGGCGCGAUACCUAGGCGGUAGCAUCAGCUACAUCCUCCUAUGGCCUUUUGGAGGGAUAUGCUUCUCGAGUUAUCCUAGGCAGGGCACGGUGAAAGAGAAUCUAUUGAAAGACUUAGAGGUGGUGGCAGCGGGGCCUUUCACCCAUCUCGUCCAAACGCCAUUCUGGUGUCUGCUUUUGUCAGCCACCUCGGCGCUUCUAUUGCCUGAGCAGCUCGCUGCAUACAUGCCUAGUGUAUGGGCAUUCAUAAACCCUCUUGGCCAUGCCUCAGUUCCGGUCAAUCACGCGUUGAUGUCGUGGGGUAGCAUUCUGAUAUUAGAGAUGUGCGUGAUGGGCAUCAAGAUCAAUGUUAUGCUAUUCCUGUUCAACCUGCUCUUUCCCAUGUACCCGAUGGACGCUGCGAAGAUCCUAGUAUGCGUUCUUCAACUUGGUUGCUGUUGUCCUGUGCGACGAACAGCUCGUAUUCUAAUCUUGGUCAGCGGCAUUGCAGCCGUCCUGUUCAUCCUCAACGGCCUCCUCAAUGGCGGAGGCGGCAUAUUCGCUGGUGUUGGAAUAGUGAUGGGCGGGAUGUGUUUGGUAGAAGUGUAUAAAAUAUACACAUUAAUGGAGCAACGACAACUGCAUACUCACCCACUAUUCGAGAACGCGAGGAGCUGGGGUCGUCAAGAGCGCGACCAAUUUGGUGUAGUCAAUCGCAUGAACGUAGCUUUCCGAGAUGAUGACGAUGAUAUAGAAAGUGUGCGUCGCCCUACAGGCAGUACACGAUUUCAAGGUGGUCAAGGUCAAACGGGUCCUUCAGCAUUGCCGACCGCCCCUCCAGUUGUUCCUGUCACUGAGAAUCAGCCACAGCCUGCCCCUACAGCGCCUCGAGACAAUGCAGCAUUCUUAGACCGACUGGAUGCCAAUAGACAGCAACAGACCAAGACAGUUCGGCAAUUGGAAGACGAACGGUUGCAGCGAGAGCGCAGGAAUGAUGACCCGGCGUGAGAGAGUUGUUCGAGAAAUCAGAAUUGGCUUAUCCAGUACCGUUAAUGUCGAUAAUGCCUUCUGAUUCCAAGUGCCCAGUGUGUCAUCGGACAUUUCCUUUACAGUGUAGGAAAACAUUUUGUAGCCGCAUUGUGCGUGAAGUCGACAUGAUAUGAGUGUACGCAAACACACUUAGUCCUCUUUGGCCUCUUUCAUCGCUGUUAAUAUUGAU